AUGGAAAAAAAGGGAAGAAAAGACGAACACAAAGAACGAAAAAAAGAAACAAAAAAACAAGAACGAACAAAUAAGGAAAUAAAAAACAGAAGAAACAAAACACAGCAGCCGGAGCAGCAGCCCCAAAUCGAGCAGCAGCAUAAUCACAAUCAUCAGCAGCACCAGCAGCAGCAACCUCAGCAGCACCAAAACCAGCAGCAGCAGCAGGAGCAGCAGCAGCAGCAGCAGCAGGAGUAUGCAGCAAGUGUACCUGUCCAAAAGAAAUUACCAAUGCUCAACGCGCUGCAGCAGCAGCAGCAGCAGCAGCAGCAGCAACAACAGCAGCAGCAGCAAGAGCAGCAACGACAAACACAGAAGCAGCAACAGCAGCAAGAGCAGCAACGACAAACACAGAAGCAGCAACAACAGCAGCAGCAGCAACAGCAGCAGCAGCAGCAGAAGGGAGAUAAGGGAUUGAUGGGCACCGUCAACAGCAACAGGAAGCAGCAGCAGCAACAGCAGCAGCAGCAACAACAGCAGCAGCAGCAAGAGCAGCAACGACAAACACAGAAGCAGCAACAUCGUUUUUUUUUUUUGCAGCAGCAACAAUUGGGAUAG